UCGCUCGAUCUCAUUCUCUCUCUCUUCUUUCUUUUAUUGAUUAUUAUAAUUAUUAUUUCCUUUUCUUCUUACCGCCUCCGGCCUGAAACCAAUCUUUAAUGACGUCUCAGGAGAAAGGCCGGCCGCUGCCGAAAUUUGGUGAGUGGGACGUGAACAAUCCGGCCUCCGCCGAUGGUUUUACGGUCAUUUUCGCAAAGGCCAGAGAUGAGAAAAAAGGCGCCGGAGCCGCCGCGACCGCCGCCUCUCAGGCAGCGAAACCCAUCAACGACAGACGGAACGAGUCUUACAAAGAACCCCCGAAAAGAUGGUUUUGUUGCUUCUGAAAUGGAGAAAUGAGAAGAAAGAUAUAGGCCAUCGGUGGUCGAUACUCUAGAGAUGAUGAUAUAUAUAUAUANUGGGGGGAUGUGUUCGGGUCGGGGCCGGGGUGGGGGGUUUACCGGGGGGGUUAGGGGGGAUAGGAACCGUCAAUUUUACGAACGGG